GUGAAUCAUCAUAAACUAAAGAAGAAGUGAGCAGGACUCUAGAAGUUCUGUGUGUAUGUAGUACAUUGCUGCAUUAUGCUGUAUAUUUCUAUGAGAUUUUUAGUUUUGUUUUAGUUUAUUUUCAGAGACGUUAUUUGAAUAUGUAUAAAUGCUUUAUUUUGUGGCUGCAAGAAGAAUCUUUGAAGGAUGACUUCGCCUCUUUUAGUCCAUCAGCGUGUUUUGGCCGCCUGUAAGCUGCGCUGGGGUUCACUGAACACGGGGACGAGCCUCACACUUCCCCCGCACUGGCGAUUAACGGGAUGGCCGUGUGUUUUAGCUGCUGGUAAGAAAUACCAAAUUGACCUGCCAGAAGUACACGAGGAAGACCUCGAUGAACAGUUUGUUCGGGGGUCUGGUCCCGGAGGACAAGCCACCAACAAAACCAGCAACUGUGUGGUGCUCAGGCACAUUCCCACAGGGAUCGUAGUAAAGUGUCACCAGACCAGAUCGGUGGAUUUGAACAGAAAACGAGCACGGGAGAUUUUACGUGAGAAACUGGAAAUUGCAUAUAAGGGUGAGGAAAGUGAAUUGGUGAAAAUGAAAAAGGAAUCCAUACAAAGGAAACAGGACAAACGGAAAAAAGUAAAUGAAAACAUAGAAAAAAAGAGACAAUUCAAGGAGAUGCUGUCUGCAGACCAAGAAGAUGACAAAUGCUGAGGUGCAGAAGAUUUCCACCUUUUUUUCUUUUAGUAUUUAGUGGACAGGAUUGCUUUAACAGUGUAAUCUGUAAAUGAAGACACUGGGGACUUUAGUAUGAUUCGGAGAACUGGAUACAGUGCCUGGCUGUGUUAUGUCAAUGAAACUAUGUGUGUAAUGAAAACUUGCCUGUUGAAACGACAACUAAGGUUUCUGUAAAGUAAAAGGCCAUAAUGUCUGGUUAAUAAACAAAGAUGCAGACAGCACAGAAAGGCUGAUGGAUGACUUAUAUAUCUGCAUCUACAGUGAAUAAGCAGUGAGUUACAUGAUUGAAUGGGAAAUGAAUAUGCACACUAGUCCAGCUGUAGAACGGCAGUCCCUCUCUGGUCACAUUCAUUUAACUCACGUAACAUUAUAUUCUCCAUUCAUUCAUAUUCACAUGUUAUAUUAGGGCUAUCAAACGAUUAAUUGCAUACAAAAUAAAAGUUUGAGUUUGCCUAAUAUAUGUGUGUGUACUAUGUGUAAUUAUUAUGUAUAUAUAAAAACAAACACAUUCAUAUGUAUAUUUAAGAAAUAUUUACAAGUAUAUGUAUUUAUUUGAAUUUUUAUAUAAUUUGUAUUAUAUAUAUAUAUAUAUAUAUAUAAAUAUUUUGUACAUAAAAAAACAUUUUUCUUUAAUUUGUGUGUAUUUAUAUAUACAUAAUAAUUACACACAGUACGCACACAAAUACUAGGCAAACUCAAACUUUUAUUUUGUAUGCGAUUAAUUGUGAUUAAUCGUUUGACAGCCAUAUGUUAUAUUCAUAAUACUAUUUGUUUUAAAAGGUAUUAUCUGAGAAAAUGAGUAAUUAACUGACAUUUUGUUUUGCUAAUUUUGAUGUCAGCAGACUCAAUACAAGACUUAUACAAGCAUAUUGUCACAGAUGUUUAAUUUGGAACAAUAAAAACAUUGAUGACAAAAAAUAAAUUUU